AUGAGCAACAGUAUCAAAAAGGGCGGGUCAGGCAAAAAGCCUGAGGCUCUUCCAGGGUCUAGAAAUGUCUCUUCCAUGUCCGCAGAAAAACUUGAGCGGAAACGCGCCCACGACCGAGAAGCACAACGAUCUAUUCGCCAACGAACAAAAGAGAAUAUCGAACAACUCAAGAAUGAAGUCGCAAGUCUGCAGAGCCAAGUGGCUGAGAUGCAGCCGCGGUACGAUGGAUAUGAGGAAUUACUGCAACACAACAUGGCCUUGGAAGAGGAAGUCCGUGGAUUGAAACGACAAUUAGCAGCCUUCAUGGAGAGACGUAGCGUCCCAGUCCUUGGUCGACGCUUCAGCGCCUUUCCAAAUAAUUGUUCAAUACAGGAAGGACCAGGAACACGGGAAAAUACAGCACCCAGCGUUCCAUCAACAGACACAAUGCAAGCUCAAUUCCACGACUUGCCUAACGCAUCAGGUCUGUCUCUGGUACCCGGUACCAAUCAAGUCUAUCCACUUCAUGAAAGUGACUGGACACCAUAUAUCAGCACACGAUCACGUUCUCUGGGCUGUUCCGACCAGGAACCCUCGGCUCGAAUGGAGUCAUACAUGAUUGACGGGCAGCUACAUGAAGGUCCACGCCUAGCACAGCCGUCCCUCUCUGUCGUCGUUCCCCAGAUCAGCUUUGGCGGUCCAAACAGUGCGCCGAAUCCACAAAUAUCUGAGCCUUCCUAUCCUCACGCCUCGUAUCCGCGAUCUAUGUCCAUGUCAAUACCAAGCUCAGCCCAGGUUGCUUCUGUUCAACCUAUUCAACCUAUUCAACCUUAUCAUUCUUCACCACAUUUUCAUGAUUCCUUGAAUCAGACUUCAACUGGGAACCAAACAUACACUUACCAUUCAUGGGCUUCUAAGUCAUGA